AUGUCCUCCCUUGGCUCCAACCAGUCUGUCGAGGUCAACGACUGCCUCUUCUGUUCCAACCACAAGCUCGAAGUCUGCCAGGAAUGCGAGUUUGACGCUCGUGAAGACAACGACUUGACCUUUGGCUUCGAUCCCAAUCCAAACCGGGCGUCGCUUGAGCUUCCAGCAUGGACAACCAACAAGGACGGAAUCCUCCAAUGCAAGAAGCACUCGAACAUGGACUGCAGGCAGUGUUUCGGCUGGAAGAAGCAGAUCCAGAAAUUGCAUUCUGCAGCUAAGAAGGCCAAGUAG